AUGAGGAGCCUCUUCCGCUCGGCUCUAUCAGCCAGCCCCAACUCCAUCCCCACUCUGCACGCGUGGGCGAGUCAGGAGGCCCGCCUAGCCACACCCGAGAGCAUGGAUGCAGCGAGGGGGCUGUUUCGGAGGUGUCUGGAGGUGCAGCCUGGGUGUGUGAGGGCGCUGCAGGCGUGGGGUGUGACGGAGCAUGCAGCAGGGGAUGUUGACGCGGCUAGGAGUCUGUUUGACCGCUGCCUUGAGGCUGCUCCGAGCUCCGUCCCCGCUCUCCAGGCAUAUGCAUGCUUGGAGAGGCAGCAAGGAGAUCUAUCCAAGGCCCGCUCGCUCCUAUCACUGGCCCUAUCAGCUCAGCCGGACAACGCUGCAGCACUACAACUUGCAGCAGAGGUGGAGGAGGCGUUGGGGAAUGCAGCAGCAGCGCAUGAGCUCUUUGUGCGGGCACCUUAA